ACGACAACCGAUGGCGCUGUCAAAAGAUGUUCUUCAUAUGAAUGUAUAUUUCGGGCUGGGUGCAUUCCUAAGGACAUUGUAUGCGUAUUGAUAGGCGUUGUAGAAUGGGGAGAAUGGAUCUGGUUGUUUGAGGCAUAGGUGGUAUACUCCUUGCAUAAAUACGGCGCAAGAGGAGCCGAAUCGAAGUAAGGAAAGAAGAUCAUACUUUGCUAGACCCGACCUUUGGGUGGACCUCCCUCUCUUCAGUGCAAUUCCUGACCUACUUCAGAAGUUUUAAUAAAUGAUUGAGCUGUUCAGCUUAAAAAUGUGCUCUCUGCUGGGUCUGGCAAUCAUUGCAGGUGUGAUACAAGGUGGGGCAAGCAAUCGUGUUUAUGAGCUCAGUGAUAGGUUCCUGGACAUCUACCAGGAGGGCACGUGGCUAGUCAAGUUCUACGCGCCCUGGUGCGGCCACUGCAAGAAGCUGGAGCCCGUCUGGAUGCAGGUGGCGCAGCACCUGGCGCAGAGCGACGUGCGUGUAGGGCGCGUCGACUGCACCAAAUACACGAGCGUGGCCAGCCACUUCGGCAUCCGCGGCUACCCCACCAUCAUGUUCAUACGCGGCAGCGAGUUCGAGGACACGUACGAGGGUGACCGGGAGCGGGACCACAUCGUGGAGUACGCGCACCGGAUGGCGGCGCCGACGGUCACCAGCCUGCCGGACGCGGCCAGCGUGCGCCAGCUGAGCUCGCGGCACCUGCUCUACUUCCUGUACGCCGGCGAGCGGCUGGGCCCCCUCUGGGAGGCGUACAGCGCCAUGGCCGGCCGGUUCCGGGCGCACCACUACUUCUACAGCUGCACGGCGGACGUGUUCUCGAAGCAAGUGAAGGACUCCGCCAGCCCCGCGGUCAGCGUCUGGAAGGACGGCCGCUUCCAUCUCUACCAGCCGGAAGACGCCGUGCACGUCAACGAAUCGCUCUACCAGUUCGUCAAUACGGAGCGUUUCACGAGGUUUAUGAAGAUCACGACCGGCAACUUCGGCCAGCUGCUGCACACGGGCAAGUUGAUCGCGAUCGCGGUGACAGAGGAGAACCCGAUCAAGCGCAUCACCGCCGACCAGGAGAAGUUCCGCGCCAUGCUGGAGAAGGUAGCCAUCGACACGGCCGACAAGUACUCCAGGCGGGAGCUGCAGUUCGGCUGGGUGGGCCAGCCGAGCCUGGUGAACGGCGUGGCGGCGCGCACGCUGGAGGUGCCGUCGCUGAUCGUCGUCAACGCCUCCGACUACACGCACUUCGUGCCAGACGACGAGCCGGCCCAGCUGACCGAGGCGGCCGUGGCGCUCUUCCUCGAGGAUGUGUUCGCCGGUCGCGUGCAGGGUGGCGGCGGCGACACAUACCCGAUGCGCGUGUUCCGCGCCCUGUACCAGGCCCGCUCCUCCGUGGAAGGCAUGUGGCGAGGCAACCCGAUCCUGACGGCGCUGCUGUUCGGCCUGCCGGCCGGCUUCCUCAGCCUCAUCUGCUACAGCAUCUGCUGCCAGGACAUCAUGGACGCGGAGGACGAGGACGAGGAUUUCGCGUACCACGAGAAGCACGAGUGAGCGGCGCUGGCUGGCUGGCUGGCCACAGUUCCAGCUCCUCUCCCGGACGGGAGCCAGCGAAGUCAACGCCGUUUGACCUCGUCGCGGGGUACAGAAGCGGCGGCGGUGGUGGCGACUGGACCCAGUCUGCGUGCGGCUGGGCCAAGGGCGCUGCUGUAUGGCCGGCCCCGGCGGCGGUGGCGACUGGACCCAGUCUGCGUGCGGCUGGGCUAAGGGCGCUGCUGUGUGGCCGGCCUCGGCGGCCGCGCCGACCGAGCCCAGUGCCGAUGUGACGUCACCCGUGGCGCAGCUGCGUUCCGUGGUGGGGACAGUUUCUCCCCCUCCCAAACCCCGGUGGGCGCACUACUGAGCGGCGCCACAUCGCCCCCGGCGCCGGUGGGGGCGAUGGUCCCACGCUGGGUGGAGACGGCCAGUCGGCGGAACGUAACGGUGGCACCCUCGAAAGAGAUGCUAAGUGGUGACUGGCGCGUGGCGUCGCUUGAGGAUGAAGGAGAAGCGUUGGUUUUAGUAAGGUCUUGAAGAGAAAUGCGAGAGCGGUUGUAGGAAAAUGCUGAUAUGAUAUGGAUGUGCCUGCGUGGCAGACUUCUGUCCAUCGCACUGUUUUCUUCUGGUUUCAGUGAAGAUAUCGUUUAUCAAACUUGUCAAUCCGAGGUUCUUAGAUAUCGGUGAUGUUUGUGUUGGUCCGUGUGUUGUCCUCUGUUGCUGUCUUCAUUCAUCCAUUGGGGCGCUGUUGGGACUGCAGAGCUUUACGUAUUCCUUCCGUAAUGGGUAUUGGGUAACGAAUUGGCCGUGAGCACAUGAGAGGGGUUCCGUUUGUCUGCUGCUCCAUCGUCAGCAUGCGCCGACGUCACCAUGCUCGCCUCGUUCUCCGGCAUUGUUACAUGUCAUGUGUUCCCGGAUCGUGUCGUGCAUCAGUGACUUUUCACGGACCACCCCUGAGCUCACGAUCUGGUAAUAUUGAGUAGGGACCUGGUCGGAGGGCGGUGGAAAGUGGGCGUGCUUUUGACGUUUCUCACCCGGUGAAUGUUUGUUGAGCUGGCGCGAUGGGAGCGCGGAGGCGUGAAUGAAAUAGAGCAAUCAAUUUCUGUUUCAGGUGUCGCAUUUUUGUGUUUCAUUGUUGUUCUCUAGGGAGACUCGCCGAUUUUGGUUCUCUGUCGUUUGACAUUAUGCUGGAGCCGUGCCAUUGUUAUCUAGUCAAGUGUGUUAACUGUCCGUGUCAAUACAAUGCUUAAU